UUUGCUUGCAAAAGCCAAUGAUGCUGCCCAAACCUGGGAUCUAUUACUUCCCCUGGGAGGUCACUGCUGGCCAAGUUCCUGAUGGGGCCACACUGAGAACAUUCGGCAGGUUGUGCCUCUAUGACAUGACCCAGUCCAGAGUGACCCUGACGGCUCUGCACAGAUCUGACCAGCACCAGGUUCUUGUCUGUACCAAGCUGGUGGAGCCGUUCCAAGCCCAGGUGGGCUCCCUGUAUGUUGUCCUCGGGGAGCUCGAGCAGCAGAAGGGUGGAGGUGCCGUGGUGAAGGCCCGGGUGCUGACCUGUGUGGAAGGCAUGAAUCUCCCUUUGCUGGAACAAGCUGUCCAGGCACAGAGGAUGUACCAGCAAGAGAGAGACAACAGCCAGUAGAAAGAGGCAGCCCCUAGCAACCCCACCCCCCCACUGCCACCACCUGCUUCUGAGGCCAGACCCACUGUUUGAUGUCACCUUGACAAAUCAGAUGUGUAGGCACUUCCUGCGUGACAACCUUUGUCAGGAGCCAGAGAUUAGAAGGGUGGGGUGGUCGAUCCCUAAUUUGGAAUUGUCCCAGAAAUGAAGGCCCAGAAAGGAGGCACCUGAAGAAAACGGUUAAUGGACUUCUGUGGUCAGCACCCAAGGAUGUGUUCACUUGGCGAACUCGCAAACGAGUUAACCAAGAAAUGUCAAGGAUUGCAAACAAUCCUUG